UCUCCGCCGAGAACCCACGAAAGAAUAUAAUUCCUUUUCUUUACCAACUACGAAGAUACCAUAUUCUCUCGCUGAUCGAUCGAUCGAUCGAAUGGAACCUCUCAGAUCAAUGUCCUCUUUAUUCCUUCAUUCACAAGAGCCCUGACUCCGGCAACCGGCAACGAACAUCGUUCAUGACCACACCCGCCGCCGCCGCGGCCAGUAACCAGCGGCUGGCCGGACCUUCUUUCUCAAGCGACUGGCACAACGUCUAUUCCAGACGAGCUGCGGGGAUUAGUCCUCAGCUGAAUACCUUCAGAAAUUCGUCGGAAAGAAUGGGAGCAGCCACGGGACCUCGUCCGACGACGGCUGCUGUUAUAGUCCUUGACGACGAGAAGAAGCCGCUGACUGGGAAAAAAAGGCUGAGGAAAGGGAUUUAUAGUCCAGGGCCGAAAUGGAAAUGGAGGCUGCGACUGUAUUAUAGACGUGAUCCGAGUAACGGUUACGGAGAGGAGGAGGAACUCGUGGGAGACGAAGAGGGCUGCAACUGCGGCGCCAUUUGCUUGGAGAAGUUCGAGCCGAGAGAGGAGGUGACGGUUACUCCGUGCGACCAUCUUUUUCACGAAGAAUGCAUUAUGCCGUGGCUCAAGAGCAACAGUCGAUGCCCGGUUUGUCGGUUUUCUGUCCCUUUAUGAACUCACCGUGAAGUCGAAAAUCUUAAACACUUAACUAGACUCGACCUAUGGGACCACCCCGUUGCGAAGCAAGCUUUACAAGUUUGUUAAGUAAUUUGACUCUCGUGUACGUAGUAGCUAAUUAAAAGUGAUUAUAUAUAUAUAUAUCUAGAAGGAUAAAAAUUCUGAGAAUAUAUAUAUAUUGUUUUGGGUCAUUGUUUGAGACGAUAGUUGUUGAAAAUAUAUACCGCAGUAGAUGUAUUUAUAUCACAAAAUCC